AUGGAGCAAGAGAAGGCGAAACGACUGAUGAAUGAAGCAAUAGAUAUGAAUGGAAGCGACGAAGUGACGACAAUAAUAAGACGAUACGGGUUGUCAUACGUACCAGAAUGGAGGGAAGGAUAUACGCUAAUUAUAAGGGCACUGCUACGAAAAAAAGAAGAGGCGGUGGAAGCUCUCAUUAUGAAUAAUGCAAAUGUAAAUGGACCAAGUCACGCAAACUCCAUAGUCCCAUUAUGCAGAAUUUUGAAAUAUUCGAACACGGAAUUAGCAUGGUUACUCAUAGCUCGAGGUGCAAACAUCAAUGCGGAUAAUGAUGACAGUGGAAAUCGACCAAUACAUCAACUUGUCAUCGCUGUUGGACAGGAAACAGGAGGGAACAGGACAAGGUUGGCGGAAAUAAUGGAAUACAUGCUGCAGAAUGGAGUCGAGGUAGAGGCAAGAAAUCGUGAAGGAGUAACAGCUGCGCAUCUAGACGUACGACAGAGAUACAUGGAAAUAUUUAAUUUAUUCAUUGAGCACGAUGCGAAUAUGGACAUUGAGGACGAAAAAGGAAGAACACCAUUAUUCUACGCGGUGGAAUAUGGACAAUCGGAAAAAGUAAAUGCAUUAUUAAAGCAAGGGGCUAGAGUGAAUCAUAGAGAUUCCCAUGGAAUGACACCGCUGUUUAUGAUAUUUAAGAAAAUUUUGACUCACCGGUAUGAAGAAAACAAUUUGUAUAGUCCGGAUCACAUAAGGAAGAUAGAAAUAACGGAAAUGCUAAUAAGAUUUGGAGCCGAUGUCAAUCAGCAGACGACUAAUGGGGGCGUAACACCAUUACACCUAGCAGGAGCAAGAGGAUAUGAUGAAAUUGUAAUAGUGCUGCUAGAGAAUGGGGCGGAUGUUAAUUUAAAAGAUAAAAAGGGAAGAUAUGUGGUACAAUAUUGUAGAUACGCGCGACAAGAUGAUGAUUUGCCUGCAGGAUACGAGAAAGAGCCGGAUGAAAUAUGGUCAACCACUGAGGGACAUGUCAGUUGGACGCAUUUGAUAAUCAGACAGUUCCUCAUAAAGAAAAGAGUUAUGGGAGAUAUGAUAAACCAGGAUCUAGAGCUGGAAUUGCUGUACUUGAAACAAAAUGAAGAGGAGUAUGAAGUGAAAUGUAGAGAGGAAGUGAAGAAAAUGAAGAAAACUGUGUUAAUACGUCAAGGGGGAAGAGAAGUAACACCUAUCGACGUAUGGAAAGCAUCAACGGAAGAGAUGAGGCGAUUCAUGAAGCAUAAGGAUUUUGUUCAGAAUCUUCAACGAGAGAAGAUCGGCCACUAUGGGAAUGAAAUGUUGAAAAAAAUCGUGGUGGCAAGAUACAGGGAGAAGCUUAUCAAACGGGCUAUUCGGGUGUUAAAUAGUGCGACAAGAAACAGCAAGAUACCAUUAGAAGACUUGCCAAAACAUGUAUUGGAUGAAAUCAUUAGUAAUAUUAAUAAUGAAGAGCUCAUCAAGAUGACACGCAUGGACCAGUAA